AUGGGACAAGGUCCAAUCAAUCUGGUUCCCGUUGACGUCGGGAUCGUUCAUACUCACGGGAAUCCUGUCGACACUGAGACCGCUCACACUCACCGGAGUCUCGUCAACGUUGGGAUCGUUCACGCUCACGGGAAUAUGCAGAUCAGGGUUCAGAUUCCCCAGAUGAGCGACGGCCUCGUACCACAACCAGUGGAUGCAUUACUGUCUAUGAAGAUAAGGGUUGGGGAAACCCUUCACAGUUAUGCCAGUCAGUAUUGGGAGUUUUAUAAUGAGAUUGGCGGGGGCAAUGAGAAGAUUGCAGCGAGCACCUUUAGGAUGGGGCUACCUGAGGACUCCGAACUACGGGAGUUAUUGACGAGGAAGCCUCCCGAGGAUAUGAGGCAACUCAUGAGGCAUAUUGAGGAGUAUAAAUGCCUAGAGGAUGAUCGGAUGCAGAGUAAGGGCAAGGCCCCAAUUGCCAAACAAGAUGGGGGUGACCCGUCUAGGAGAAACCAAAAUUUGUAUUGUACCUAUCACAGGGAUAAGAGGCAUACCACCGAGCAGUGUCGGGUGUUAAAGGACCAUUUAGGGCAGUUAGUGAAGGCAGGAUAUCUGAAGGAGUUUGUGGUGGAUUCAGGGGACAAGGGCACCGAGCAAGGUGCUCAGCGAAGGGGGCACCCUCCCUCUCCUCCAUUAGGAGUGAUUAAAGUCAUCCAUGCCGCCCCGAGGGGUAUUGCUAUGGCUAUGAGCAGAGGAGUGUUGACCGUAGCACCCGUGGGAAAUUGCUCGAGCGAGCAACCCCCUAAGAAGAAGAUGAAGAUUGGUCGGGAACCCAUCACUUUUAACGACAAUGAUUUAGAGGGAACAAUCCAGCCACAUGAUGAUGCAUUGGUGGUGACGGCCCGGAUAAACAGUUUCAUAGUAAAGAGGGUAAUGGUAGAUCAGGGAAAUGGAACCGAUGUGAUGUAUCCUGACCUGUUUAGAGGGUUUGGACUAAAGAAGGAGGACCUCUCAAAAUAUGAUACGCCCCUGGUCGGGUUUGAUGGCCAGGUGGUGAUUCCCGAGGGGCAAAUAUCACUUCCCGUGAAUAUGGAAGGAAAGGAAGUAAUAGUGACUUUUAUAGUUGUCGCUUCGUUUUCUCCUUAUAUUGCCAUUCUAGGAAAGCCGUGGAUCCACGCGAUAGGGGCAGUCCCCUCCACCCUACAUGUGAAGGUUAAAUUCCGUACCGAGCAGGGUAUUGCUUUAGUAAGGGGAAGUUAG